AUGGCUGCACGGCUGGCCAGCCCUAAACAGAUGCCUCCGGUGCCCAACCGAGAGGACAUCGGAGCAACAUGGACCUAUCUUCAAGCAGGCAUAACCAGGAUCAUGAAUGAUCUAGAACAAGGCAUCGACAUGCAGAUGUACAUGGGCGUCUACACUGCCGUGCAUAAUUUCUGCACGUCGCAAAAAGCAGUCGGGCUUUCGGGUCCUGCCAUGCACUCCAGCCAUCGCGGCGCCCAUCUCCUGGGUGAAGAACUCUACAAUAACCUCAUCGAUUAUCUACAAAAGCAUCUCGGAAACCUGGUCGAAGAGUCAAAGUUGCAUGCUGACGAAGCGCUGCUUGCGUAUUAUAUCAAAGAAUGGAAUCGAUACACCAACGCGGCCAAAUAUAUCCACCACCUAUUCCGUUACUUGAACCGCCAUUGGGUCAAGAGGGAGACGGACGAGGGGAAAAAGAAUGUCUACGACGUCUACACGCUUCAUCUGGUCCAGUGGCGCAAAGUCCUUUUCGAACAGGUCUCAGGCAAGGUUAUGGAGGCAGUGUUGAAACUGGUGGAGAGGCAGAGAGGUGGCGAGACCAUCGAGCAUGGCCAGAUCAAGCAAGUUGUCGACUCGUUUGUAUCACUCGGCUUGGACGAGGCCGACCCGUCGCGGUCGACGCUGGAUGUUUACCGCUACCAUUUCGAGCGCCCCUUCUUGGCGGCUACCACGGAAUUCUAUCAGGCCGAAUCCAAACAGUUCGUGUCCGAGAACAGCGUCAUCGAAUACAUGAAGAAGGCAGAGGCCCGGCUGUCCGAGGAGGAGGAACGAGUCAGCAUGUAUCUUCACCAGGACAUAGCGGUUCCCCUGAAAAAGGCAUGCAACAUGGCCUUGAUCGCCGACCACUCCACCCUCUUGCGGGAAGAGUUCCAGGUCCUGUUGGACAACGAUCGCGAGGAAGACAUGGCGAGGAUGUACAGGCUUCUGUCUCGCAUUCCAGAUGGCCUAGAGCCCCUGAGGACGAGAUUCGAGACUCAUGUGCGCAAGGCUGGCCUGGCCGCCGUUCAAAAGGUUCAAUCAUCAGAGGGAGACAAACUGGAGCCAAAGGUUUACGUGGACGCCCUCCUCGAGGUGCACUCGCAGUACCAGCUAUUAGUCAAGCAAGCCUUCAACGACGAGCCAGAAUUCUCCCGGUCGCUGGACAACGCAUGCAGAGAAUUCGUGAACCGCAACGAGGUGUGCAAGUCGAGCUCCAACAAGUCGCCCGAGCUGCUGGCAAAGUACACCGACGUGCUGCUGCGAAAGAGCAGCACCAGCAUAGAAGAAGCCGACCUGGAACGGACAUUGAUCCAGAUCAUGACCGUCUUCAAGUACAUCGAGGACAAGGACGUGUUUCAAAAGUUUUACUCGCGCAUGCUUGCCCGGCGCCUUGUCCACAGCAACUCGUCGUCGGACGAUGCCGAGACCAGCAUGAUCAGCAAGCUCAAGGAAGCUUGCGGGUUCGAAUACACCAACAAACUGCAGCGCAUGUUCCAAGACAUGCAAAUAUCCAAGGACUUGAACAAGGAGUUUCGGGACCACCUGGAGAGCAGGGAGUCCUCCAAAACGGUCGACUCGACCUUUUCGAUUCUCGGCACAAGUUUCUGGCCACUCACGCCGCCAAGCACAAACUUUCACCCGCCGACGGAGAUUGCGGCGGAGAUCGAUCGGUUCGCGCUCUUCUACAAGCACAAGCACGACGGCCGCAAAUUGACGUGGCUGUGGCAUCUGUGCAAGGGCGAGAUCAGGACAGGGUACUGCAAGAGCAGCAAAACUCCCUUCACGUUCCAAGUAUCCAUCUAUCAGAUGGCCAUCCUGCUCCUCUUCAACGAAAGGGACGCGUACACGUACGAGGACAUGAUCAGCGCAACCCAGCUCAGCAACGAAGUUCUGGACCAGGCCCUAGCCGUCAUCCUCAAGGCCAAGGUGCUGCUGAUGUCGGGCGGCCCGGGGGAGAAACCGGGCGCCGGGAAAACCCUGAACCUCAACUACGACUUCAAGAGCAAGAAGAUUCGAGUUAACCUGAACCUAGGGGGUGUCAAGGAGGCCAAGCAGGAGGAGGUGGAAACCAACAAGACCAUUGAGGAGGAUCGCAAACUGGUUCUUCAGUCUGCGAUUGUUCGCAUCAUGAAGGCGCGGAAAAAGAUGAAGCAUACACAGCUGGUCAGCGAAACCAUCAACCAGAUUCGCUCCAGGUUCGUUCCCAAGGUGGGCGAUAUCAAGAAGUGCAUCGAGAUUCUCCUGGAUAAAGAGUAUCUCGAGCGUCUAGAUGACGAUGAGCUGGGUUAUCUCGCAUAA